AGAAGAGGAAGAGGCAAAGUUUCUCUCCUAUCGUCGUCUCCUCCACACCAGUUUACCAUUUCCCAGUGAACCAAGAACAAACUCUUAAAGCUUUGUGCCUUUCUGGGUCAGGAAUGUUCUCAAGCGGUAACGUCACCGCUAGGGUUUUCGAGCGUCAGAUUCGAACUGCUCCUCGCGGAGCUACCGUGAAUCGAGCUAGAAACUUCUACGAAAACCUAGUCCCAAGCUUCACUCUCUACGAUGUCGAAUGUCCCGAUCACUGUUUCCGCAAAUUCACUGAAGACGGGCUCUUCCUCAUCAGUUUCAGCCGCAAUCACCAAGAGCUCAUAGUUUAUCGUCCCUCUUGGCUCACUUACACUUCCGAUUCCGACGAUACGGUUCCUCCUCUUCCUCGCCGUGCUUCGAGGUUCGAUAGCUUCUUCACUCAGCUCUACUCCGUGAAUCUCGCCUCCGCGAAUGAGCUCAUCUGUAAAGACUUCUUCCUCUACUUCCACACUCACCGAUUCGGUCUCUUCGCUGCUUCAACUGCUCAGAUCCAUGACUCAGCUCCUUCUCCCGGCGCUGUUCCUGGUGUUCCUUCGAUCGACAAAAUCACUUUCAUUUUGCUCCGAUUAGACGAUGGUGUGAUCCUCGACGAAAGGGUUUUUCUUCAUGAUUUCGUCAAUUUGGCUUAUAACAUGGGGGUUUUCCUCUAUGAUGAUCUUCUCGCGAUUCUAUCUUUGCGAUAUCAGAAAAUUCAUCUUCUCCAGAUUAGGGAUUCGGGUCAUCUCGUCGAUGCUCGUGCAAUUGGGUACUUUUGUCGCGAAGAUGAUGAGCUUUUCCUCAAUUCCAAUUCUCAGGCGAUGAUGACUCAAGAUAAGAACAAACAGCAAAGUUUAUCUGGGAACAGGGAAGAUGAUGCGGAGAAUAAUGGGUUACAUCAUAGCCAACCAAAUCCUGAGAAUUCGUUUCUUAGUGGCAUUAAGCAACGGCUACUUUCCUUCAUCUUCAGAGAGAUUUGGAAUGAAGAAUCGGAUAACACACUGAGGGUCCAAAGCCUGAAGAAGAAGUUCUAUUUCCAUUUCCAGGAUUAUGUCGACUUAAUUAUCUGGAAGGUUCAGUUUUUGGAUCGGCAUCACCUGCUAAUCAAAUUUGGCAGUGUAGAUGGUGGGGUAGGAAGAAAUGCUGAUCAUCUUUCAGCUUUCUUCGCGGUGUAUAAUAUGGAAACAACUGACAUUGUAGCAUUUUAUCAGAACUCAGCAGAAGAUCUUUACCAAUUAUUUGAGCAAUUCAGUGAUCACUUUACAGUAUCAAGUAGUUCACCGUUCAUGAACUUUGUCACAUCGCAUUCUAACAGCGUCCACGCUCUUGAACAACUAAAGUACAUGAAGAACAAAGCAAACAGUUUUUCUCAGUUUGUGAAGAAGAUGUUGGUCUCUUUGCCUUUUAGUUGUCAGUCACAAAGUCCUUCUCCAUAUUUCGACCAAUCUCUCUUUCGGUUCGAUGAAAAGUUAAUAUCUGCAGCAGAUAGGCAUAGACAAUCAUCAGACAAUCCAAUCAAGUUUAUAUCUCGAAGACAACCGCAAACGCUGAAAUUCAAGAUUAAACCAGGACCAGAGUGUGGAAGUGCAGAUGGUCGGAGCAAGAAGAUAUGUUCAUUCCUCUUCCAUCCUCAUUUACCACUUGCCAUUUCUAUUCAACAAACACUGUUCAUGCCUCCUUCUGUCGUCAAUAUCCAUUUUCGGAGAUGAACUCUCUAUCUCAUGUAGAUGGUUUCCUUAUAUAUCUAUUGUUUGUUAAAUAAAAAUAUCUCAAAACACGCAAUUUUCUCAAAAACAAAAUUACACAUUACACGCAGUCUUUUUGUAUCUAUGUAUCCUAAAAAGAAAAAGUCUACAUUUUGACAAAUAACAAAAUAAUUGAUAAUCUUGACAACUAUGUACAUAGGCUUCAUUACAG